AGAAGGUACCUGGGUCCCACUCGAACAAGGCCAAGCUCUGGCGCAACGUAACCAGAUCUACGACAAGAUUCACAUGAUAUUUGAGUUCACUCCUGGCAACAUCAGCCCCCCUCCCGCUUCCAAGCAUAUCACUGCGAAACCGAAGCUCCCCAAGAAGCCCGCUGUCCCAAAAUGGUCCCGCAUGGCCGCACCAUCUCGUGCGAUGGACGACGAGUACGACAAUAUAAGCGCUUUGAAUGAUGACGGAAGUGUUGCUGAUGAUACCACAGUUGCUUCGGCUUCUUAUGCGCCGGAGGACGACCGAUUUGAUAUGUCUCAACCAUCCACUGAUCACCGGAAGCGCAAGCGGGAGGACCACGUGCAGAGCAUUAUCGAGCAAGCCCAGAUGCUAUACUCUGAUGACCGGAGUGCCGCGCCGAUGUUGCCUAGUCUUGCAUGAAAGAUACGGUACCGGACGUUUGUGAGGAGCGCCAGACGUUGACAUCUCCUAAGACUUGUGCUGUCGUUCUUUCGGACUUUUGAAACCAUAUAGAAACUAAUGCACGUAAAGAUCGCAGAGUAGGGAGU